AUGUAUAGCCGCAACAUUAUUAGUUCUUCAGUCCCGACGUGGGUGCAGCGCGAGCGUGGCUCCCCCAACAGCAGCUCCAGGGAGAUGGUAAACUCGACGAGGGCGCAGCGCGGCUCGCUCAGCAACGGCAGCAGCGAGAAGGAGUUGGGCAUAGCCGCAUGGACCCAACGUAAUUCCCCCAGCAGCAGCACCAGAGAGUUGGGCUGGAGGAUGGAAGGCUUUGCCGCCCAGUUGGAGACGGCUUUUGAUACCCACGCAGAGGAGCACAUUGGUCAACUGUACCGUCCUUCCAGUCUUGAGGAGAAGGGUCCCAUCCUAAGCCAUUUUAAGCGGGAGAGUGACUUGACCACCAACACGACGCCGCCGCCGCCGCCUCCGCCGCCACCGCGGCCGCCGCGUAGCAAUGACGACGUGUUUGACUUUGGCCAGGGUUGCAGAGCCGAUGAUGAAGAACAAGACAACCACCACAACAGCAACAACAAUAACAAUGCCAACAAUUCCAACUUUGACACGGACGAGUUCCAGAUCUACCGCGACGGGUCGCUGAUCUUGGUUCCAGCCCCGACCAACGACCCACGGGAUCCCAUCAACCUGCCCAUGGUGCGCAAGGUCGUUGCCAUCUUCUUCCUCUCCUUCUUUGGCGCCCUGGCCGCGUCCGCUGAGAUCAUCCUCGGUGCUGUGCUGCCCGUGUUCGCGCUCGAGUACUCUGGACUCUUCCCGGACCCCGGCAGGAGCCUGAGGGACCUGAUCAACGCGGGCGGGUUCCCCCAGGGUGAAAACCCCCUCAAGCUGCUCGACCACCUGGGCAGCGGGCCGUCCGUCUUUGCCAUCUACAUGCUGGCGUCGGCGCCGCUGCUCAUCAUCGGCCUGUCCAACCUGUUCCUGGUGCCCAUGGCCAUCUCCUGCGGCCGCCGGCCCGUCCUGCUCGCCACCAGCCUCAUCGCCAUCGCGGGCGCCGUGUGGGCCGGCGCCAGCAAGUCGUUCGAGUCGCACCUGGCGGCCCGUUGCGUCCAGGCCAUCGGCGCCGGCACCGUCGAGUCUCUGAUCCCCUUCAUCAUCCAGGACAUGGUCCACGUGCACCAACGCAACACGUGGAUAUCGGCUGCCUUCGCCGCCCAGGGAGUCAUCAUCAUCGGCAUCGGCUUUUCCACCCCGACCAUCAUCACCGAGCUGUCUUGGCAUUACGUCUACUUUAUCACUGCGGCUGCCGCUGGUCUUUUCCUCAUUGGUAUCUUUUUCUCCCUGCCCGAGACGCGUUGGGAGCGCACUCGUGCGGAGAUGGCUGGAAUCCCCCGCGACGAUUCCCACAUCAAAUACAAGCCCCGAUCCUACAAGGAUGACAUCAACCCCUUCCCCGUCGACAUCAACUGGAAAGCCGGAGUUACCGCGUUUCUCGAUACGAUGCGGACCUUUUUCUACCCCCAAGUCUUCUUCGUCACCAUGCUCAACUCGGUCGUCAUCUCGGUGACCUUUGCCGCGGGCCUGACGGCAACUCCCGUGCUGAUCAGCAAGCCGUACAGCUGGCCGUUUGAGCGCAUCGGCUUCUCGCUGACGGCGGUGCUGAUCGGCGCCAUCGUCGUGGCGCUGGUGCAGGGCCCGCUCGGCGACAACCUGGCCAACUUCAUGGCCAAGCGCACCGGCCGCCGCACGCCCGAGAACCAGCUCAUCAACCUGGUCCUGCCCAUCACGCUCGCCCUGAUCGGCUCGCUGCUGUUUGGCCUCGCCGGCCAGCACCCCGAGACCUACGGCUGGCCCGUCUUCCUGGCCUCGUUUGCCUUUAUCGCCUACGGCUUCCUCGGCACCAGCUCCACCUCGUCCGUCUACGUGCUCGAGUGCUACCCGCACCUGGCCGGCCCGGCCCUGGUCAGCAUCGCCUCCUUCCGCUUCAUCUUUGCCUUCCUGCUGACCUUUGACGCCUCCAAUUGGGUCAUCAACCUGGGCUACUUUAACGCCUUUAUGAUUUAUGUUGCCCUCAUCUCCUUUUUUGUGCUGUUCCUCCCCAUCGUCUUCAUCUAUGGCGCUUCGUGGAGGAAGCGAUGGGGUCAGAGGUAUGCGUGAGUCGGGGGUCGAGGGCUUUGAAGGAGAGUUUGUUUUCUCAUGUUUUUCUUCAAUACUUUCGCUUUGCUUUUUCCUUUGACUUUAUUUCAUUUUUAGUUGAUGAGACAUGAGACUGAACACAGGAGAACAAACUCCUCCUCUCUUACCUCCGCGGUCCAGAUUCGGAUUCGAUUUUCUCCUUUUAUACCCCGUUUUUUUACAAAUACGAAAAAAAAUAACGGAAAUGAAAUUGCUAUGGGUAUCAAAAUAUCUACGCUAUGCCAUGUGUUCAAGGGGCCCCUGAGUGUAAUGAAAGGGUGUGGGACUUGUGUCGUGCUUUAUGAUAUUCUUCUUUUUUUACAAAUUAACAUCUCGCAAGUUAUACGUACACAAAUUGUCACGAUGACCAAGAGGAUGGCACCUUCAAUGGACUUUGGCAACUGUGUGUUGGAUAUUGAAGGAUUUACGAGCAACGUUGCUGAUGUUUGCGUGCUUUUCUUUCAACAAGAUAUUUUUUACCUUUGCUGCUACAGUCGGGGUCACUGUCCAC